AUAGAUUUGUGCAACCUGGAUCGAUUAAUAGUGAGCGUAAUGCAUUUGAGGUGGAUAUGUCUCGCGCUAGUUUUUCAUCUAAUAGAAGGCAAUCAGUUACCUCCUGAUGUUCAAAAGUGUCGUUAUGGGGAUGAGAAGUGCCUCCUGCGGACCAGUAAUGCCCUGAUCAAGCGGUAUGGAAAAGUAGGACUUCCGGAAAUCUCACUGCCACCAUUGAAUGCCUUGAAAGUAAAAAACGGCAAACUUGGAGGAGGUGAUCCCAAUGGACCUCUCUGGUCUAAGUGGAUCCUGUCAGACCACUGGGCUUAUGGCAUCGAAAACUUUACCCUCUCUCGGAUCCGGGGAUUUAAUGCUGAUCCCAGCCGAUCACAGGUGGAGAUUCACGGAAGGACACCCAGCUUGCGAUCCAAACUCAAGUUCAAGUUCAUUUCUAAAUUUCUUAAUAUAUAUGUGAAUGCCUCGGGUCAGGCAGAUUCCGACUUUCAAAACUUUCGGUUCAUAGCAAAAUUCUCCUUAACACCUGUGAAGGAAGGGUACGUGAAGAUUUACAAUCUGGACUUGAGAAUUGAAAUAGAUCGUUGGAUACUAGACAUACCAAAUCUGUUUGUGAGCAAUACUGAUCUGACUGUUAUCGCCAAUCAAUGGGUAAAUAAAAAUUGGAAGGAAUACUGGGUGGACAUCGAGCCAGAAGUAACUGCUGAGAUGCGUCACGAAUUUGAUCACCGAUUAAAUGAUAUUUUCUCAGCGAUUCCCUACAAAGAUCUAUUUCUAUAGUUCAUAUACAUAUAUCUCUAUUGGAUAGUACAAAGUAUACCAUUAACAAUGUAUUAAUGAUUUAAUUAUAUGAUAUUAUUCGAUGGAUUAAUAAACGGUCUAUAAAGCUCUAGAAUACCAAAA